AUGUGGGCAGCUUCUAUCCCCGUCAUCUUCGUUGUCAGAUACCUUGACCGCCGUCAAAAGCGCAUAGAUCAAAAGUCCACAAUUACAGAUGAGCCCAGAAAUGACGGCGUCUCGGAUAUCGAGAGUCAGUAUGCUUCGGAUGAGGACUUGCCAAAGAGAGAGGUUGUCGCUGUUCCGGUUAGUCAGGCAAUGUGGGAGCAGCUCUCAAGGAUUUAG